UCUUAUUUCCACUGUUCUUUACCCGUCUUAAAUUUGAAAAGGAGGCUCCCCGAAAUCAUCACCUCUUCUCACGCAUUCUCCUCAUCUUCUUCCUCAUUUUACCUUUUAACCACGCGUGUUCAAAGACAGACGCCAAUAAGAUUCCCAUGCUUCACAUCAUAACUACCAAGCCUCGCCUCUCUCUCUCUCAAUCUCUCUCGCUCGCUGAAGUUCAUGGCGAACGCAGGAUCAGUCGUCCAUGGCAAAGCCACCUCCAAAGUUCUCGAAGAAGCAAACAGGAAAAGGAUCAGGUUAGCACCUGUUGCCGUAGCUCCUUCUGAUAGCCUCUGGUGUUGCCCCUUCCCCGCCGUCUCCGCCACCGCCACCAACAGAGCAGUUGCAUCGCCAGCAACCGCUUCUCAACAAAGUUCAAGGUCGCCUGCCAUUCACAUCCCCAAAACGUUACCAAGCGCGCCACCACAGAACCGCGCCACAGCUUCGAAAUCAGGCCCGGCCGCGCCUCCCACAUCGACGGCCGAGGAGGAGGAGAGGGUGACGGUGGGGUUCGGCGAAAUCGAGAGCAGGGACCUGCAGCUGACCUUGUCCGGGAAGCAGGGGCUGACCGUCCGGUUGAGGGUCCACAAGCAGGUGCUUAUCGCUAAGAGCAGCUUCUUCCGAACCCGCCUCUCCGGCCGGUUCAGUUCGCCGGCUCUGGUGGAGAUCCGUGGAUGUGGGGAUGUGGAGAUGUACCUGGAGACCAUCGGGUUGAUGUACUCCAAGGAUUUGAAGCGCGCCCUCCUUAAGCACCACUCCCUCCAAAGAGUCCUCCGAAUCCUCAAGGUUUCCAACUCAAUUGGCUUUCACCCGGGAGUCUACGCCUGCCUCGUGUACAUGGAGGCCGUACCCUGGGUUGGGGAGGAAGAGGAGCAGCAGGUGGUGGCUGCGGUUCGUAGGAUCCGACCCGACGACCCGGAAGUUGAAGCUCUCCAAGCCGGCGUCCUCCGGCGGCUGGGAUUUCCUCCACCGUUUCCCCAGCCACCGCCGGACCAGCCCAUUUCACAGAUCAUCCAGCUGCUGGAGCGGGCCACCCACGAUCGAGCGCGAACCCAGACCCAGUCCCUCCUCUCCAGGCUUCUCCUCUUAAAACCGGCGAGCUCCGAUACCGCCGACCCAACGGCGAUCACCGAGGCCCUCCACGUCACCUACCACGCGUGCAUGCACGCCCUCCUGGUCCUGUUCGUUCGAGCGUCCGAUGCCGGAGACGCCGUGGGCCCCAUUCCGGCCCUGGCAGCACGGCAGGCGGAACACCUUCUGUGGGUGGUGGGCGUGCUGGCGGGGCGGCGUGCCGCCGGCGACGUGGUGGCCGCGUGGUCCGAGUUCGGGGAGCUCGCGGGGCUGCAGGCGCGGGUGAGUUCCGCGGUCAGGCGGUCGGCCGGGAGGGUGACGGCGAGGCUCUGCGUGGCGAUCGGGAAGGGGGAGGCGUUCGCGUCGAGCGCGACGAGGUGCGCUCUGGCCCGAACGUGGCUGGGGUGGCUCAUGGAGGACUCGCGGUGGGUGGUGGCAGCGUGGUGUGGGGAGGAGCGGGCGGAGGUGGAGGAGGGGGUGUGCAGGACGGUGCUGACGCUGCCGGUGGAGGAGCAGGGGAGGGUGCUCAUGGAGUGGGCAGCUAUGUUCUGUCGGGUCGGGAGGGAUGGGUGUCUGGACCUCAGGGCCGCCUUCGAGAUUUGGUGGAAGAGAGCCUUCACCAUUGGCAACAACCGGCAGCGGUAGAUUCCGGCCGUCAAAUGGAUCAAGUGCUUUCUCCCCCUCUUCCUGUUGCUAGUGUGUGCAUACAAAAGCAAUUGCAGAGACGGCUCUUGUCAUUUUCAGGCUGUUCUUAUAAAUCUUGCUCUUCCAAAAGGAAAAAGAAAACUCUGCAUCUCUUGGGAGGGCUCAUGUUAGAUGUCCCUACAUGAAUGGCGUGUUAAAUGAGUCCAAGAACCUAAGUUUGUGUUGAUUUUGACAAUUAAAACCAGAGGAAAGCCCGGUGACUCUGAAUAGCGAAUGGAAUAAAAGUACCGUGCCUCGACAAGCUUGGCCUCUAAUGGAGAUUAAUUAAAUGAUCAUAGCAGGUUAUUGGGAGACUCAAGCACAGACAAAUUUGACUUACAGGCAAAAGGGAUUAGCCAACGCAAACCUUCUUGCUGAAAAGUUUGAACCAGCACGUGCAAU